UUUCCAGCGAAGAAGAGAACUCAUUUGGCUGCUGAUCUCCGACCGCCGCCGCUUGCCGCCGUCCUACCAAAGCUAACCGCGUUCUUCACUAUAUCCCGGAAAAUGCAAGCUUGCAUUACAAAGCCGAGUCAUCUCCCUGCACCAUGCGGAGCUCCGAUUUCAAUGGCGUCCCCACAGCUCCAGCCCCGGAGACCACGCCAAUCCCAAAUCGCAUUUCCAAGGCUGAAAUUUACGAAUUUCCAAGUUCAAUCGCACCUGGCGAAGCCAAUUGCAACGAUUUUACCCGCGAUUUUUCCGGCUCCGAACUGCAGGUUGAAGCCUCUCCGCUGCGGAAAUUCGUCGAACGCCUUGACUGCAGAAAAGAAGAGCUGGAUCGAAACUGUUGGAGAAGCUAUUUCCACUGCUUUCCCUGUGUGGGUGGCGCUAGGAUGCUUGCUUGGCCUCGUGAAGCCGAGCUCGUACGAUUGGGUCCAGCCGAAGUGGACUGUUUUGGGCAUCACUCUCACGAUGCUCGGAAUGGGCAUGACGUUGACGUUCGAUGAUCUUCGCGGCGCCUUCGCCAUGCCCAAGGAGUUGUUCAGCGGUUUCGUUCUGCAGUAUUCGGUGAUGCCAUUGUCUGGAUAUUUUGUGAGCAGGCUCUUGAAUUUGCCGUCCCACUAUGCAGCCGGCUUGAUCUUGGUGGGAUGCUGCCCCGGAGGGACGGCCAGUAACAUCGUGACAUACAUUGCACGUGGAAAUGUGGCUCUUUCAGUGUUGAUGACUGCUGCAAGUACCAUCGCUGCUGUGUUUAUGACCCCUUUUCUCACAGCAAAGCUUGCUGGGCAAUUCGUUGCGGUUGAUGCAAUCGGCCUCUUCAUGUCAACUUUACAGGUUGUGCUUCUUCCUGUUUUAGCCGGUGCAUUUUUGAACCAGUACUUCCAAGGUCUUGUCAAAAUUGUCGCGCCAAUAAUGCCACCUACUGCGGUGGCAAUCGUUGCAGUUCUUUGUGGAAAUGCAAUUGCUCAGAGCUCCUCUUCGAUCCUCAUGUCCGGUCAUCAGGUGGUUCUUGCAGUUGCUCUUCUUCACGCAUCUGGUUUCUUCUUCGGCUAUGUACUUGCAAGAAUGCUCGGGAUUGAUGUGUCCUCUUCCAGAACAAUAUCUAUUGAAGUUGGUAUGCAGAACUCGGUGCUUGGUGUUGUCCUGGCGACACAGCACUUUGGGAAUCCAUUGACGGCAGUGCCGUGUGCGGUUUCGAGUGUAUGCCACUCGAUCUUUGGGAGCACCUUGGCCGGAUUCUGGAGGCGGAGCAUCAUCCCUGGCGAAACCACCGGAAAUAUAUCGCCGGAGCAUAAGGAAGACUGACCAGCAACAGCAAUCCCCUGCCUAAAAGUGUCUCGGUGGUAACUUGGUUUCUCCCCUUCUUGUGUGUUGUUUUUUGUCUAAAGAUUUUUUUACAUCAUUGUAGUGUGUGUGUUGCCUGAAAAUUUUAAUUUUCUGGAAGAAUCAAAUUAGAUGGUUGGGUUUACAAUUAGGUUACAAAUAAACACGGCCGUGUUCAAUUACAAAUAAAUAUGGCGUGUGCUUAGAACACUGGUAAGGUGUGCUUGGCCACGUCAACAAUUAUCCAACA